AUGUCAUGCUGGUAUAAGAGGUCCGAACUGCCGCCCCGAAUCGCUCUUGUGUAUGGUGCGAACAUGCUUGCUUCUGCAUUUGGUGGUCUAAUCGCCGCGGGCAUUGUCGCCCGCAUGCAGGAUAAGAUGGGCAGACCAGCUUGGGAAUGGUUAUUCAUCAUUGAAGGCUCCAUGACAGUUGCAAUCGCACUGUUGGUCAUUCCCUUUAUUCCAGAUUAUCCAGGGUUUACCAAGAGAUGGUGGUUGCCGCGUGAGCACCAGUUGCUAGCAGACUGGCGAUUACGGAACGAAAACGCAAGCCUUGCUGACGAUGAUGCCGACUCUAUCCUUUGGGGUGUCAAGCAAGCCUUCAUCGACCCAAAGCUGUACAUGUUCAUCGUGCUCCAAAUGGCCCUCAUCACUGCCCAGUCAUUCAGCAAUCUCUUCCCUUCUAUCGUCGGAACCCUGGGAUACAACGACACAGUUACCCUCCUGCUCACGGCACCGCCGUAUGCUUUUGCGUUCUUCUGUUCCUUGGGGAUAUCAUUCCAUGCUGCCCAAAAACAAGAACGGGGAUACCAUAUAGCUAUUCCGUUGGUAUUCGCGCUACUUGGUAAUUUGGUGGUAAGAAUCCUGGAUUUUGAAGUUUACCCCAUAUCUAAUACUUUCAAGGCAAUGUUUGUUCCGACAACAGGGGCUAGGUACUUCAGUAUGUUCCUUAUGACAGCUGGUGCUUACUCACCGUAUAAUCUUUGUGUGUCGUGGCUCAGCUCAUCUCUUCCCCGCCCUAAGGCAAAACGUGCAAGUGCAUUGGCAGUCGUCAACUUGAUGGGAGCGGGUGUCGCGCACUUUUACACAUCCUAUAUGUUUCCUGAUUCCCAGAAGCCGAGAUACUAUGCAGGUGGGAGUGUCAUGAGUGGAGCAUGCGUGUUGUGUGCUAUGAUGGCACUGGGUAUAAAGCGAUAUUUGAAAAGACAGAAUGCAGAGCUUGAAAAGACUGAGUUGGAGGAGGAGGUACUGGCUGGUUCAGUAAUUGCUACGUCACGAUAUGGGCAAAGGUCAGAUGGGGUUAUUACUUUCCGAUAUGUGCAUUGA